AUGAUGUCAUUGCACCCGGAACUUGCCACGGUAGGGAGGAAGCUACAUGUCGGUGUUAUUUUGAUGGGAGGACGCGGUGCUAGCACAACUGAAAUUCUCGACGUUGCUCCCGUCGAUAUGAUCUAUUCGUUGAGCAAGAAUUUCAUUGACACGUUCCCGGGCGAUCUCUUUUCCCCUCAUUACAGAGCCCAAGCGCCCGAUAUUGAGGUUCACUGGGUAACCGAGGCGGGAAAGGCGGCUCCUUCUCGCCUGACAAGUAAUAUAACUUUGUUGCCUACGGAUUCCUUUGAGACAUGCCCCCGCCUAGACAUUGUCCUCAUCGGGGCUAACAAUAUGGGUUACACCCCUAACGAAGCUGAGCUGGCUUUCGUACGGAAGAGCUUCGAGGAGUGUGUCGCAUUCCUUACGAUCUGUGGCGGUGUUUUCGUACCCAUGGUGGCAGGCCUCCUCGAGGGAAGGACAGCGACAGGGCCGCGCAUGAUGCUUGGUGAGCUUCGAAAGCUAUCGCCCAAGACGAAUUGGGUUGAAAAGCGGUGGGCGAGAGACGGGAAACUCUGGACGAGCGGCACGCUUCUGAAUGGCACCGACCUUAUGUCCACAUUCUGCCAUGCUGUCUGGGAAGACCUUGGUGACCCCUCUUUAGUCGCGUACCAGGCUCAGCUUGCUUCGUGGCCGAAGAGAGAUGUAGACUACAAAGACGAACCGUGGGAGGUCGACUUGGCAUGA